AUUCAUUUUUAUUUCAUCGGUCUUUGCUGCUGACUGAUUUCUUCUGUAAUUUUGUGUGAUUCAUGAUUUUUUCAGAAUAAUUGAGUUUGUUUUCAAUAUUGAUACGUAAAAUGGACGUUUAACAUGAGAAGCGAAUAGAAGUGAUGACUACGUAAAAUAUAACGAUUGUCAUUUUGCUCGUUGGAGGCAAGAAAUCAUUGAGAAUGGAGAACAAUUUGAGUCGAAGUGGAAGCCGAUCGAGCUCUGUAUGCGAGCUCGAAAAAGAUUUUAGUGACAUGGAAAUUAUGAAAAGUAGGACAAACAGACGUAACGUAUUGCUUCGAACACAGCCAGCGCGGAAAGCGAAACGAGUCAGGUUUUUUCGAAAUGGUGAUAAAUUUUACUCUGGAGUCAUAAUUCCGGUCUUGCCAGAACGAUACAGGUCUUUUGAUAGCUUAACGGCAGAUUUGACAAGGGUAUUAGUGGACAAUGUUACUUUGCCUAGUGGCGUGAGGACAAUAUACUCUCUUGAGGGUAGAAAAAUAGGAAAACUCGAUGAUUUGGAAGAUGGACAGUCAUAUGUUUGUAGUGGUUUUGGGGAGCCAUUCAAACGGUUAGACUAUGAAGCAAGUGCAGUGACACCACAGUCUUUCAGACUUAGUGGGCCUGAAUCAUUGAGUGAUAGUGCAAGUCCGUCCCCGGCUAGAGCUAACAACAGGCUGUCCCGCUAUUUGCAGGCAAAUGGUAGUAGUACUACUGGCAACGGGACAGCGCGCGUUAGCCCCCCCGCUGGCGACAACGUGGUGCGGCCACGUAUAGUUACUAUUAUUAGGAACGGUGUUAAACCUCGCAAGGUAUGCCGGCUGUUACUAAACAAACGCAACAGCCCUACCUUGGAGCACGCGCUCGCCGCCAUCACGGACUGCAUCAAGCUGGACACGGGCUGCGUUCGCAAGGUCUUCACGCAGACCGGGUCGCCAGUCUCGGCGCUGCACCAGUUCUUCGAUAACGAAGACGUGUUCUUUGCAUAUGGAAACGAAAGGGUAAACCAAGAAGACUUCGAAUUGGAGUUCGAAGAAAGCAAAGCUGUGUUACAAUGUAGAAAAACGCCUAUUUCAAGAAAUUCUAGGGCCGGGCCCAAGCCGCGUAUGCCUGUGAAGGCGGGCGGCGCAGCGCGCGCGGGCAGCGAGGCGGGCUCGGGCGCCGCGGGUGACUCCGCCGACGCCGACGCGCCGCUGUUACCGCAGCCGCUAAGACUCAAAUACAGCGUUGGAAAGAUCAUCGGUGACGGCAAUUUCGCUGUUGUAAGGAUAUGUAGAGACAAGACUUCUGGGAAGGAAUACGCUCUCAAAGUUAUAGACAAAGCCAAGUGCAAAGGAAAAGAAUAUUACGUGGAGGCUGAGGUCAGAGUAAUGCGAAAGCUAUGUCACCCUCGUAUCGUAUCACUAAUUGAGGAACAAGAUAGUCCCGAAUGGUUGUUCCUUGUCAUGGAACUAGUUAGUGGUGGCGACUUGUUUGAUAGUAUCGCAGCUGCUUCCAAAUUCUCAGAGCCACAAGCGCGUUUGCUAAUUGGCCACCUAACAUCAGCUAUUGCAUACCUACACUCGCUUUCUAUAGUGCAUCGCGACAUCAAACCUGAAAACCUAUUGGUGGAAGUGGGUCCAGACGGCAGCAUACGCGGGCUGAAGCUGGCUGACUUCGGCCUGGCCGUCGAGGUGUGCCGGCCUCUGCAUGCCGUCUGCGGCACUCCCACCUACGUGGCCCCAGAGAUUCUCCUCGAGACUGGAUAUGGACUGAAGAUCGACGUGUGGGCGGCGGGCGUGAUCCUCUACAUACUGCUGUGCGGUUUCCCGCCGUUCUCGUCGCCGGACGGCGAUCAGGAGAAGUUGUUCGACGCGAUCCUGUCGGCGCGGCUGGAGUUCCCCGCGCCGCACUGGGAGCGUGUGUCGGCGGGCGCCAUCGAUCUCGUGGCCAACAUGCUGCGGCCCCAGCCCGAGCUUCGCUUCGCUGCUGAGGACGUGCUCGAUCACGCCUGGAUGGCGGACGACUGUUGCGACGACUGCUACGACUUCCGCACAUGGUACGACGAGGACUCGUCAUAGCGGGGCGCCGGGCGCGAGACGGUGUCGGCGCCCACGUGACGAGCCCGUGACGCGCGCCUACCGCGAGCAGCCUUAGCCGCCGGUGUUCUCACCGCAGCGUAUGCCUUUCAACAUAACACCAAUACCAAAGUUUAUUUAACAUUACAACGUAUUUACCCCAAAACGAUACUACUGCAUUUGUAAUUCGUAAAUUGUAUAUCUUUGGUUUUGUUCAGCGUGACCACAAAUGCAAUAUUAUAGUUAUUUGUGUAUUUUCGACACCUAUAAAUUAACGUCUCUUCUGUUCACGAAACAAAGGUUCCGAUGUAGGAUAACAGAUUGUAUACUUUAAAAGUAGCUUGUCCCAUGCUCCAUUAGGUUAAAAGAGCACUAAAAUACCUAAUAGUUUAUACGGCUGCACAUCUGUUUUAGUAUUAUUAUUCCUGCUUUUUAUAGUAUCAGAAUCAGUUGUCAGCCAAUAAGUACAAUAAAAGUAAAAUCGUUCUUAAUAAUUUCAAAAGAUCUCUAGAAGUUUUCAUGUCUACCUAUUCAGUUUUAAAUUUAAAUCUUAGGUUUAAACAAAUUGUAAUAUUUAUAAACAAAGUUUUUAUUUUAUUAUAACAUUCUGUAAUAUAUGAGUAAUAUAUCUUAUUUAAUUAUUUGAAUGAAUUUGUAUUUACAAGUGCAAAGCGGAAGCUUGUUAGUUUUUGUAUCAAAUGAAAUGCUUAUAGGCGUAUAUUCAUUGCUAUUGCUUGUAUGUAACCAUAUCAGUAAUUUUCUUAGUAGUAUCACAUCCAUUAAUGACCAAAAAUUGGUUUGAUAAAUAUUUGAUUUUAAUACAUGAAUGGUGCUUAAGUAUAAAUUUGCAGAAACAUUGCUUUAUGAUCAUUGGUAAAUUAAUGUAAGUGAUGACUAGUUAAAGUUGGCUAGUAAGGUUAGAUUGUUUAAUCAAUGCAAAUCAUUUCAUCUAAUUGUCACUUAAUAUGGUGCAAUGUUAUUAAAACGCAAUAAAAUAAGACCAUGCACUAUGAGACGUCGUUAAGUGCCAAAAUUACAUCAUCAAAUUUGGUAAUUAGGUUUAAAAGUAGGUUGAUGCGACGAAAACUGAUGUUCCUCUCGAAUAACGUAUUUACAGCUGAUUAGUUUAAAAAUUAUGUUAGUAUUUUUGUAUCAUGGCUGUUCUGCAAACAUGGUACGAGUGGAUCUGAACAAGCCUAAAUUGUCGUUUUAUCAGUCAUUAUGUUUUCCUAUGAACAAACCUUGUGUCAAAAUUUAUAAAUUAGAUGAAAAAUUGUAUGGUAAAAGAAUUUGAAAAGCUUAUUAAUUUAUGGUUGAGUCGAGUGCAUUGUCUCAUCCCUGAUACCUGUAUUUAGACUGACAUACAUUCCUUAGAAUCUGUACUACUGAACUUUAUAAUGCACUAAUAUUUUUGCAUAAGUAACAAUGUUUUAAUAAACAGUCAAUUUGCUUUUGUAGCAGCUAUAUGCCAUCAUUAGACUUCAGAGAAUUUGUAUAUCCAUGUGUUUGGAUGUUUUGUAAGAAUA